AUGUUAAAAUGCCAAGCCAUUCCUGAUGUGCACUUUACUCCAUCAUCCCAAUCAAUCUUACAAAGAUGUCUGCACCUUCAACUGCUGCACCAGAAUCAUCUGAAUUAAAACCAAAUCAUCCAGGCGCAGCAGGCGUUCAUCAUCGAAAUCGAGAUUUUUAUUCACAAAAUAAACCAAUUCCUUCUAUUCAACGAUUUUUCAAAAGAGGCUUAGUUGAUGUAAUCACAAAUCUAAGGGAAGGUGAUAGCGAAUCAGAAGAAGAAAAAGAUAGUACAGCAAAGGAAGGUAAAGGAUUCUUGGGAACCGAUAAACUUGGUCAAAAGAUUGCAGAACGUGAACAGAGCAAGAGCAAAUCACAAAAUCAAAUUGACAUCAACGAAGCACAAGCACAAACAGAAGAUCUAUCUCAAUCCUCACAAGCAAGUCAAACCAACAAAAAUGCCGCAUCAGUCACAAGACGAACACAUAAAUCUAGAUUAGUCGAUGAUCCAAUCACAGGCAAAAAGGUAUACGUUCAUGAUGUGGGUAAACGUGAAUACGAUCGUGCAAUGCAAAACGCUGAUCAAAUCGAUGAAACGCAAACACAGAGCAAUAUCGCACGAUCGAAAAAAAUAAAUGAGGUGGACAACGUACUCAGUAUGCCAUUCCCUCCUCUGCAAAAUCUGCCGACUUCCGUUUUAAAGAUUCAUCCGUUCUUGUUGCCUGCUUUUGCUUUAUGGUCCGCAUUGUUGAUCUUUGGAGUUGUUCAUCCUGCUCUUAGUGUGAUCGGUGCAGCUUGGCUAGGAUGGUGGGCUCACAAGAAGCUUCAGGAAGGUGCCGAGGAUAACAGAUGGGAGCGUGAAAGACAAAGAGGACGGCAGGCAAGAAACCCGCCAAAGGAUCGUAAGCAAACAUCUUUUGAUGAAGUUGGGGAAGCGCAAGAAGGUGUAAAAGAAGGAGCAGAAUGGCUAAAUGCCAUCAUGGAAGGAUUAUGGGCGGUGAUGAAUCCGGAGUUAUUUUCGAGUAUGGGAGCAACGUUGGAAGAUGUGAUGCAAGCCUCUAUCCCAAAGUUCAUUCAUGCGGUCAAGGUGGAAGAUUUAGCCCAGGGAAGUACACCUUUACGUAUGACUGGAUUCAGAGUAUUGCCGGAUGCCGAAGCAAAAGAUCUUCAAGCUGCCUCACAAGAGCAUCUCCGCCAGGAAAGAACGAAAGAAGAGAAAAAGCUUAGUCAGCAGGAAGGCUUCGAUGAUGACGAUUCUUCCAAUAAAAAGAAAAAGGCAGAGGAUUUAGGCGGAACUUUCAUCAAUCUCGAACUUAGCUUCGUGUACAGGGCAAGACCAACGGCAGAUACUGUUGCAAGUAAAAGUCGAAAUGCUCAUCUGUUGAUCAAAUUUUGGGUUGGUGCAAAAAAGCUCGUAACGGUGCCUUUACCUGUUUGGGUAGAAAUCAAAGGUAUCGUUGGUAGUGUUCGUACUCGUGUUCAACUGACUCCCGAUCCACCAUUCAUCAAGAACGUUACAUUCAGCUUUAUGGGAUUGCCAAGAGUAGGGGUUGAAGUGAUUCCAUUACACAUUAAUACCAGCAAUAUCCCUCUCUUGUCUGGAUUCAUUCAAGGCUCAAUCGAUGCUGCCUUGGGUGAAUAUUGCGCACCUUCUUCACUCACAAUGGAUAUGGGUGAAAUGUUGAUGGGCGAUAAUAUCAAACGUGAAGUGGACGCAUUGGGAGUGGCAGUGAUUUAUAUUCAUUCUGCGCACGAUUUGGAAAAACAAGACGUACAGGGAUCCAGCGACCCCUACUGUACAAUUCAAUUGGCAAAGUAUGGAAAGGUGCAAUACGCUACUAGGGUCGCAUUGGAUGAUCUGUCACCGCGAUGGGAAGAACGGUAUGUGAUGUUAAUUCAUCCUGAAGCUGUUCGUGCUCGUGAAAAGAUUAGUGUUGGUUUGUGGGACUCUGAUCGCUUCAGUGCUGAUGAUAUUCUCGGACGGGCAGAAGUGGAUUUACUGGAAUUAGUAAAGAGACCUGGCCGUUUAUUCCGUCGAACGGACACACUUGUUGGAUUGACGCAAGAUUCUAAGAAGCAAGGUCUGUUACACUGGUCAGUUGGCUUCUUUGCCAAAACGCCGAACAAGAGACGAUUAACAAGUGACGAAGCACGUAAAAUAGAAGAGGAAGAAACCGAACUUGUCGAUAGUCAAGAUCCUGACGCAAUUGAUGUGAAAGAGGUGGAGGUAGGGAAAGACUUUCAUAUCAACAAAGACAACAAGGAUGAAUUGGCUCAAGAAACGGCUGAUAUUCAUCGAGAGUUGAAAGAACUACAUCUUGAUCAGUAUGACAGUAGAAUCACUUCUCAACAAACACGUCAUAUCGAACAUGCAGUUGCAUUUGAACCUCCAAACCCCGCUUUGCCGUCUGGUGUUUUGUCGAUGCAAGUGCAUCAAAUCUCCAAACUGGAAGUAACGGAUUCGCGUAGUCAACGUAAUGUUGGAACAAAAGGACGAAGAAUGGGGCAAGCAGGCCAACAAGUCGACUCAGUGGACACGGAUGAAGACAAACCUAACGCACCAAGUGCAUAUGUGACAAUCAUCUUAAAUGAUGAAACUGUAUUCAGAUCGCGUACGAAAGCUUUGAGUACCAAUCCAUUCUACAAUGCAGGUACAGAACGAUUUAUCCGUGAUUGGCGUAGAACGUUGGUCAUGUUUGUUGUUUAUGACAAUCGGUUACGGGAAGAUGAUGCAAUCUUGGGUGUCGUUCCGAUCAAAUUGACCGAUUUGUUCCAAUCUACUUCUCAAGCCACAUCUGUUUUCCCGCUUGCGGGUGGUGUUGGACGUGGUCAUUUGCGUGUUUCGCUGCUAUUUAGACCGAUUCAAGCUCUGAGCAGACAUAAAGAGAAACUUGGAUGGGAUAUCGGAACGAUGCGAAUUUUAUCUUCUUUGAAUGCGAGUGAGAUGAUCGACGGCCAAGAAGGUGCAAAUGUGCUUUCUUCUGCAAGUAUUCGAGCACGUACACUAGCUGGCCAACAUCGAAUUUCAUCAAGACGUGCGAAGUACACUGAUAAGCGCGAGAAGGGAGAAGUUGAAUGGUAUUUACGUAAAGAAGAAUUCCCAGUCAAAGUUCCGGUCAGGCGUAGAUAUGCAACGCCUUUUGUGAUCGAAUUUCGAACAUAUUCUGCUUUGGGUCUGCAUAAAACGGUUGCAAUGUCUAUUCUUUGGAUGCAAGAUGUCGCCGAUGACGAGAUUCUCGACUAUUGUCUGCCGAUCUGGCGAGCAAAAGAAGGAGGAGAUUUCCAUCGACUACAACAAAACUAUCACAAUUUCCGUAAAGAAGAAGAAGCUCACCGAUUUGGAGUGGAAAAGAUGGGUUCUUUGCAAGUCAAGUUGCAGUUCAAAAGUGGGGUUGGUAAGAUUCACACCAAAUUUGAAUCGAUCAACCCUGAUGCAAAAUGUGUGAUGGAUGCAUGGAGAGCAUGUACUUCUGUUGGUUUACGAAGUGUGAUGGGAGAUUUCUCAGAUAUGCGAUGGAAUACGAAAGGGAUGCCUAUGGAUCAAGUACGAGAAAGUCGUGAUUUAGGACAAGAAGAAGGUGAACCGAGUGAGAGUGAAAGUGAUUAUGAUGAAGAGGAGAACACGGCGGGAGAAUAUGCAAAUGAGGAAAGCAUUUUGGAUAGAUUACGUAAUUGGAAGGACGAAAGGAAGGAACUGCAUAGGCAACAUAAAGGAUUAAAUCAAUAUAAAGGCGUUCGAACAGUAACUUGGAUUGGCAGAGGAAUUCGUGAUCGUGGUAGUAGAGCUGCAAACAGUUUGACAUUGCAAGACCGUAGAGCCGGACAAGUGGAGACAGAGUUGUGA